UGACAUUCUUUAUUAUGAUAUGAGAGGUCGUGCAUUUUUUUAAUGGUCGCUCAACAUUUUUAUUACUCGCCCCGUAAAUUGUCACUCGAAAACGAAAUGUGUUCCUUCUGAUAGUCCGUAAAUUUUUUUUAGAGAUAUGUGGAAUUGUCACAAGUGCGGAAAGCCAGUGUAUUUCGCUGAACGAAAACAAUCACUCGGCUACGACUGGCAUCCGGAGUGUCUGCGCUGUGAGGAAUGUGGCAAACGUCUUGAUCCAGGCCUACAUGCCGAGCACAAAGGCGUACCGUACUGUAAUGUGCCUUGUUACGGAGCUCUGUUCGGUCCUCAACUAUUUGGUCACGGCACCAGAGUAGAAUCGCACAAAAGCUUCGGCGUCAAGGGCUCGCCCCGACCAUCGGGCAGUCCAGCUCUACCUCGCGACCACUUAGAGUCGAAGCUGAAAGUGUACAAUCAGUUUUUUAAUAACAGAAGCCAUGAAAUCCGGUCGAGAGAGGUCAAUGACCGACUUGUGCUCGAGGGAGCACUACGUGUCUAUUGGGGUGUACAGGGAAUGAUUCAUUUGAAAGAGGACGACGAUCAACGGACUGUUAUCACUGUACGGAAACGGAAUUCUUGCAGAUACGUUAGUUCCAGCGAAGUGGAUUCAGAAAAUAGUCCAUUUUUAUACGACAAAGAGAAUGCCGAUGGAAACGAUACUGGGAUCGACAUAAGCACAUCCAGUUUAAUGGAUGGCGAUGCAACCGAUAUUUCACUAACGGAGAGCAUUUCGUACGAUUCAGUCAGUGUUUCAAGUGACCUGCCUUCACCGGGUUCAUCGAGUUCGUCGAAAGAAGUGUCGCCGGAACAUAAAUCAUUGACUUUACCGUCGAAACUGGAUGUAAAGCAAUUGGAAUGGGACGAUAUUGAUGAUUUGUUGCAAGUAAAACAAUUCGAUGAAAAUGCUCAAACCAGAUACCAAACGAUGCCAUCACCAUUGCCAUCACAAUCGAGCAUGGAACAAGAAACCGAAUCAUCGAAGACAGUUACGUUGGACUUCCAAUCGUUUUCCAAUUCAACGCAACCGUCAACGACCCCAGUCAAUUCGAGCGAAGAGUUUGUCACGCCUUGCAAUUCGUUGAAAAAUACCGACUUUGACGAAUUCAAAAAGCAAAUCCACAAAGAGUACAUGGCCAAUUCGUUUGAAUUGCAAAAUGUCAGCGCCGACACACUGAAGCACAAUCAACCGAUCGAUCCGUCUCGGAUCAAUGACUCCUUGAAAUUCUACGGCGACAAUGUAAUGAGCAAAAGUUACGGCGGUGAACAAAGCCUUCGCGUUUAUCCCAGCAAUCAAUCGAUGAGCUCGAUCGACCCGUUGAAGAUAAACGAUACGUUCAAUUUGAACAACCGGAGCGAUUCGUCUCAGUCGAGCCAUCAGCUGCGCAAAUGCGGUUCGGCAUCGUCGUGGAUCGUGCAUUCGGAGUCGGAGAACGGGAAAAUUCCGCUCAUAAAUCGUUCGAAAUCGGGACCCGAUUGGUGUGAGAAUUCGUAUUUCGAUAGCGAGGACAACAGCGAAACGUUGAAGCCGGCUACUAUGCGAAAAAAUCGAUUAAACAUUCGAAUGGACUGUUACGGCGACUUCAACGUCAAAAGUCCGAAUUCGGAAAUGAAUGGAAGCAGCACUGUUGAUUCAUCAUCAAUGAAUUCGGAAGACAAUAUCUACAACGACAAUAGCGAAGAUGGUGUGGUGCUGAGAAAGCCAAAAACUGGGUCCACCGCAAUUAAACGUCGAUCGGGGAAUAAGAGAUCCAGAACUAAGUUAAAGCGUCGCUGCUCAAUAAAUGGUCACUACUACAACCGAGAAACGUCAUUUUUCACUCCACCAUACGGUUCACAGAUGAGCGUUUGGGUCACGUCGUUGGUUAGCACACAGGACGUGAUAAACUUGCUGCUGGAAAAGUACAAAGUCGAAAGCCAUCCGAAAAAUUUCGCCCUUUUCAUCGUGCGUGAUAACGGCGAACAGAGACGGUUGAAAGAUGACGAUUUUCCAUUGAUCCAGCGUAUCAUGCUGGGUCCACACGAGGAUGUUGCUCGAUUGUUCUUAACUGAUUCACAAGUGACUACUGAAAUUAGUUGUGAGGUUGCUCAAUUUUUGAAUCUGUCUGAGCUCGAAUGUAAGUCAAUUUUAGAUAGAUACGAUGACGAAUUGAAUCGCGAGGUGCUGAAAGUGAAAGACAAGUACACUGAACUGCGUCGUCGUAUCAUCCAAAGAAUGGAAUCUCUUAAAGUUAGAUUAUAAUUUCCGAUCGAUCUUUUGUUUCUUUUCAAAAAUUUUAUUUUUAAUUUUUAAGUCGUAACUAACCAACUUUUAGCAUUAAGAUGGAUUAAAUUAGCUAACUAAUUUCGAAGUCAUCCACUAAAAGAUGAUCAUUUUAUGUUAAAAUCACUAACCCUUUGUUGAAAACUCACUAACAUUAAGUUAAAGAGUUGAAGAUCUAAAAAACAUAUUAUUUUUGUGGUGUAAAUUGUUUUACUCAGUUAAAUUUAAGAGAAAUAAAAAAUUAAUUGAAAAUGAA